GCCCGAGGGCUCCUUUGCGUUUGCUCAGGUCGGAUGCAGGUCUCCUAUCGGAACGGAACCAAAAGAUAUUAGUUCCCUUUGCUUUUCGAAUGGUUGAUGGCACCUCGAAAGAAGCGUUCGAGGAUGCAGCUCUCUUCCGCUUUUGCAUGCCUCCCGCAAGUACCAAGUUUUGCUAUUUGGUUGUCGUGGAGUGCGAAAAUUCCAGUAUGGGUGGGCGGCUGGGCUCUUUUCGGCGUGACGAUUCACAGCCAGGGUUUGGCCCCAGCGAGUGGUCCACGGAUCUGACCCAUCGCAAACUGGGGACGUCAGGCUCUUGUAUCUCCAAUUUCGACCUGCGCAUAGGCGGUGCUUUCCCUCUUGAACACUCAGGCCUUUGCAGGCUUCUCCGUUUGGGAAGGCUUGGGGGCCGCCAACCCCAUCGUGCCUGCAGUGUUGGAUGUCAGCACAGAUCUCUGCCCGGUCAUGUCGACAGUGUUUGGCCAGUUCCGUCGCAUCCAUUCCCUUCUACCCCUUGGAUCUUACGACGUAACCCGUCUGCUAUAUUGCGAAAAUUUUUCCUUUAGGUUCGGACCACACGGGCAACUUGAACACGUCUAUACAGUAACUCUUCCAGAUAAGACUUCUAUUCCCGGGCAGGCGGCUUUCUUUACCAUCUUGAACCACGGACCCACUGUUGACCGCACUUGGAUAUUCUGACCAGCACGCGAACUAGAUGAAU